UCCCCCCUUUUUUUCAACUUGAUCUGCCCCUCUCUGUUGCACAGAUCUCCCUCCCUCCCUCCCUAACACACUCUCUCUUUUGCUCUCGCUCUGAGUCGUGCACAUGCAGACAGAGGGAGAGGGGGGGUGAACGAGGUGCACACAUGAGGAUCUCCUGAACUGCCGGGGCAAGGCAGGGCUGGUGAAGAGAGAAGAAGAAGAGGAGGAGGAGAACUAGAGGAAUACUGCAGUGGCCAACCAGCUUCUUUUCCCUUCUGUAUUUCUUUCUGUCUCUCUUUUUUCUCGCUGCUCCACUGCUUCCAUCCCUUUUUCUUCAUCCCCUUCUCUCUCCCUGUGCCAAUUAUACCAUGAACCUGCCUGCUGCUUGUUGCUAAGGGGAAGCCAGCCAGGGGGAGCCGAGUGGACCGGGCGAUAUUUUGUUGUUAAGGAUUUAGAGAAAAUGGCAGAAGGGUCCAAAGACCAGGGAGGAACGGGCACCGCUGAUCCCGAGGAGGACUCCCCCAAUAUGAUCGUCUACAGAAAGAUUGAAGACAUUGUUACACGAAUCCAAGAUGAGAAAGCAGGAGGUGUAGCCAUACGGACUGUCAAAAGCUUCCUCUCCAAGAUCCCAAGUGUGGUAUCAGGGGCGGACAUUGUUCAGUGGCUGAUGAAAAACCUCUCCAUAGAAGAUCCAGCUGAAGCCAUCCAUCUGGGCAGUUUGAUCGCUGCCCACGGAUACAUCUUCCCCAUCUCUGACCACGUUCUGACACUUAAAGAUGACGGAACCCUUUAUCGCUUUCAGUCUCCAUACUUCUGGCCUUCAAACUGUUGGGAACCCGAGAACACAGACUAUGCCAUUUACCUGUGCAAGCGCACAAUGCAGAAUAAAGCCAGGCUUGAGCUCGCUGACUACGAGGCUGAGAACCUCGCCAGGCUGCAGAGGGCUUUCGCCAGGAAGUGGGAAUUUAUCUUCAUGCAAGCUGAGGCUCAAGUCAAGAUUGACAGGAAGAAGGACAAGGCGGAGAGGAAGAUCCUUGACAGCCAGGAAAGGGCAUUUUGGGACGUUCAUCGGCCAGUGCCAGGCUGUGUCAACACCACAGAGAUGGACAUCCGCAAGUGCCGAAGAGAGAAGAACCCACACAGGGUAAAAAAGUCGGUCUACGGGGUACCAGAUGACGGCCAGAGCCAGCCGAGUCCUGUCCACAUCGGCUCCCAGCCGACCAGGAAGACUACCAAAGAGGAUGUUCAGAAGGAGAUUACCUUCUUGAACAUCCAGCUGGACAGACACUGUAUGAAAGUUUCCAAAGUGGCCGACAGUCUCAUGACCUACACCGAGCAGUUCAUGGAAUAUGACCCCUUUGUGUCAGCCGUAGAGCCUUCGAACCCCUGGAUCAGUGACGACACUACCUUCUGGGACUUGGAGGCAAGCCGCGAACCCACCCAGCAGCGUGUGAAGAAAUGGGGCUUCUCUCUGGACGAGGCGCUAAAGGACCCAGCAGGUCGAGACCAGUUCCUGAAGUUCCUGGAAUCAGAAUUCAGCUCAGAAAACCUGCGGUUCUGGUUAGCAGUGCAGGAUUUUAAGCGACGGCCACUCCAUGAAGUUCCCUCCAGGGCGCAGGAGAUCUGGCAGGAGUUUCUGGCUGAAGGAGCUCCAAGCUCCAUCAACUUGGACUCUCACAGCUACGAACGCACCAGCCAGAACCUCAAAGACCCCGGACGAUACAGCUACGAGGACGCUCAGGAGCACAUAUUCAAGCUAAUGAAAAGUGACAGCUAUGCACGCUUUUUGCGAUCCAACAUCUACCAAGACCUCCUGUUGGCCAGAAAGAAGCCAGCAGACACUGAACAGGGCCGCCGCACCUCCUUGGAGAAGUUCACCCGCAGUGUGGUAAGUCAUGUGGAGCUGGGGGCUGUUCAUAUCACAAACCACACUGGCUGGCUCACUAUCAGUGGCUUUUUUGCAGUUAUAACCAUGUUACACUCUGUUGUGGAUUUUUUAAACCUUUAAUAGGACGUGUGUGUGUUUGUGUGUUUAUGUCAAUAAGUUAACACCCUAGUCACUUUGAAUGGUCACAACCUAACACUUUUUGAUCAAACCACAUUGCUGGUAGAGAUUCUCUGUGUUACUUUUGCUUUCGGAAUCUCAGACUGGUAACGAGUUUUCGUUUUAAACUACCUUCUAGGGCAAGUCAUUGACGGGAAAACGCCUGACAGGCCUGAUGCAGUCAUCCUGACACAGCCUGUGCUGCAGGGGCACAGCCAGACCCUGUCGGGUGGGUGGCUGCCGCACAGGGGCCGGGGCAGGGGCACAGACAGUGGAGCUGGGCUGGACAGGGCUGCUGUGGAGGCUCUCAGACACUGUUCCGAGGACUGCUGCCAUAUUGGUAUUGCAGCACUGGGCUUGCUGGGGUGAACACCCCAAACUGAAACACUGAUGAUGAGACGAUGUCGACAAGGGGAAACCUCAGCCAACACACAGCACGGCAUGCAGCGUACAGUACAAGCAAAUGCAGUGCAGGGCUCUUCAUCACUUAGGCGGCAAACUGGUUGUGAGUCUCGAUGAAGCUGAUCAGUUUAUUGUUUUCAGGUUGUUUUAUAUUAAGCGUUCCUUAGAAAUGAAAAGAACAUCUGCUAAAUAUUCUUUGAUAGAACUGCGUGUAACUCGCCACAACGUUUGCAGUGAUGACUAUCGUCUUAUGAUUUCGGGAUCCAAAAAUAGCUGCAGCCAAUCCUAACUCGGACAUAAAUACAAAGUCUAAGAGGCACAUCAGCACAGACACAAAUCUGUUUUAAAUUUGCCUCUGACUCACAAAGCAGCCAGCAAUAAAUAAAGCCUGUCCAGUUUUUUUGUUUUGUUUUUAGAAAUACCCAACCUCUUUUUAUAUCUUUCUAUUAUAUUUGUGUCCUAAGCGAAGCACGUGUCAGUUAAAAAGCGAGCACAGCUUUAGCACUGUGAAAAGACGCAGUACAAAGCCUGUAUUCUCCACACUGAGAGGCAUCUACAAAAUGGAUUUUUAGAGGUAUAACUUUUCAUGCUUCAUUACAUUCCAAAAUUUGACAUAAGGGCUUAAUGUAGCAUUCACACCGCACCGUGGCGUGCUUCAUCCAAACGUCUGUGUUGAGAAUUAAUGUUUCAUUUCUACAACACUGCUCUGUAAUGAGACUCGUGGCGAUGAUGAAUUUCUUCUGGCUGGCAAAUUAUUCACUUGCUUUGAGAGGCUCAAAAACGUGGCUGUGCAAACAGUUGUUGUCUGCGGCGCCGUUUAGUCACAGCCAUACGUACACAGUCACAGGCCAAAUAGCAUCUACGUGCUUUUUAGGCUUCUGCUGUAGUAUUUAAAGUAUCCAGUGCCAUGGGUCCAUCUAGUGGUGGCUAAACCACAGGACCAGAAACCAGAGUGUUAAAAGACUGAACUGUGCUGUCUUCACAUCAUGAUGUCAGAACAAGUUGAUCUCUCAUCUUGGAGACAUUACAAGGCCUGCUACCCAAUAUAGGAUCAUUUAUGGUUUGUUGCUUUUUUUUUACUGCAUGAAUAUUUUUUUUAAUCACAAAAUGUUACCUGAUCAUUUAAAAAACAAACAUUUUUUUGUUGUCUCCACGAAUUAUCUGUUGUGUUUUAAUGACUAUGGGGGGAAAAAGAAAUAUUUGCAUGCUGGACUAUUAUGGAGUGCUAAUUUAGGGAAGGAUGGAUUCUCCAAAGAGGGCACACAGACAGGGACCAGCCCUGCACCGGAGCAACACUCCUCAGCGAAUCAACAUCUAAACCCCGAACUGCAACUGGGAACAAUAUUUGACCCUCGAUAGACGAUGCACACCGAAGAUAAAAGGCCUCUCUGCUCCACUGUGGCUUCAGACUCCUACAUACAGAAAGUGCUUGGACUGAGGAGAUUAUGGUCUCACAGCUCCCCCAUGAGGCCAGUGACUGCUAUAGAGAUAAACUACGCUGCUGAAUGAGUCAAUCAUCUAUUCUUUUGUAUUAGAGUCGUUGCAAUGCACUGUACAGGUCAUAUUAGUAAUUAUUGUUGACAUAAACCAGUAACCUCGUUGAGUAUAAGGUAGAGAGAUAUGCUUAACUCGAGUCGAUGUACCAAAUGUUAUCCUCAGCACAAGACACAAUGACACUAUGUAUCGAGUGCAUUGUAAAUGUAAAUUGGCUAAAUUUCAUUAACCAAAAGCACACUUUAUUAUGAUAUGGGCACAUUACUAUGCAUGUAACAUAUUCAGGGCAUUUUGUGCUUUUAGUUUCUCAAUCAGCAAGAUAACUACUGGCACUCUGAAACACUCAAGCACCUGCUGUCUAUUCAUGGGUACCAAAUAAUAAAUACUAUGGACCUGUC